AUGCACCCGGUAACCCUUGAGAUUGUAAGUUGCUUGAGCGAGAUUCCUGACUCGAGUUUCUCCCAAGCUUGCUUGCUGCUUCACCCCGAUCAAGCGAUUUUCAUUUCUCUGCCAUUCUUUUUCGCAAUUUAAGACGUUAUUAGAGAGAUGGGAGAAGCUCACGCUAUGUGUAACAUCGGUGUGGCGCCCGCUAAAUUGAACAAAGUUGUCUUAGCGUAUAGCGGUGGCUUGGACACUUCUGUUAUCGUACCAUGGUUGAGGGAGAACUAUGGGUGUGAGGUGGUUUGCUUCACUGCUGAUGUUGGGCAAGGAGUGAUAGAAUUGGAUGGUUUGGAGGCAAAAGCGAAAGCAAGUGGUGCCUGUCAACUAGUUGUGAAAGACCUGAGGGAGGAAUUUGUAGAAGAAUACGUGUUUCCUUGCUUGCGCGCUGGUGCCAUUUAUGAGAGGAAAUACUUGCUUGGAACUUCCAUGGCCCGCCCUGUCAUCGCCAAGGCCAUGGUGGAUGUCGCCAGAGAAGUUGGCGCCGAUGCUGUUGCUCAUGGUUGCACAGGGAAAGGAAAUGAUCAGGUACGAUUUGAACUCACGUUCUUUGCUCUGCACCCCAAACUUCGCGUUAUAGCUCCCUGGAGAGAAUGGGACAUUACAGGAAGAGAAGAUGCCAUUGAGUAUGCAAAGAAGCACAAUGUGCCCGUCCCCGUCACGAAGAAAUCGAUAUACAGUCGGGACCGGAAUAUUUGGCACCUUAGUCAUGAGGGUGACAUUUUGGAAGAUCCUGCCAAUGAGCCAAAGAAGGACAUGUUCAUGAUGUCCGUAGAUCCCGAGGAUGCACCGAACGAACCCGAAUAUGUUGAGAUUAAUUUUGUCUCAGGACUCCCUGUUGCUGUUAACGGGAAAAAGCUGUCACCAGCUUCCCUUCUCGACGAGCUCAACAAGAUCGGUGGGAAACAUGGCAUUGGCCGAGUCGACAUGGUCGAAAAUCGUCUGGUUGGCAUGAAGAGUCGCGGUGUAUACGAAACACCAGGAGGGACCAUCCUAUUCACAGCUGCACGUGAGCUGGAGUCCUUAACACUCGACCGUGAGACAAUUCAAGUCAAGGACUCACUGGCCCUCAAAUACGCGGAGCUGGUGUAUGCAGGGCGAUGGUUCGACCCACUCCGGAAAGCCAUGGACGGUUUCAUGGAGACGAUAACUGCAACAAGCACAGGAACGGUCACACUCAAACUGUACAAAGGCUCUGCGGCCGUGGCCAGGCGCGAGAGCCCGAACAGCCUGUACAGGCAAGACAUAUCGUCAUUUGAAAACGGGGAUGUGUACAACCAAGCUGAUGCUGCUGGAUUCAUCCAUCUGUACGGGCUCCCAACCAGAGUCCGAGCAAUGCUUGAACAAGGAAUGUAAGAAACAAAGUGAAAGAGUUGGUUGGUUAAUGCUUUGAGUGAUGGAGAAUAAAAAAGGGGUCUUAGUGUUUUGGUUGGUAGUCAAUGUUUAUUAGCUCUCUUCUCCCGCCGCCCUGAAAAUAAGAAGACGUUUCAACUUUUUUAUGGUA